AUGGAAGAACAUUACGAAGAUCUUGAAGAAUUACCUGAGGUACCUGUUACUAGUCAUUACUAUCUUGGCUCCAGUGAUCAUACGAAUGUAAUGCUAGUCUCGGAUCGCUUAAAUGGACCUGAAGAUUUCAGUUCUUGGUAUCGAUCAGUUUCAAUGGCGUUAGAAGGAAGGAACAAACUGUGCUUUGUUGAUGGUUCCUUACCUAGACCUCCUGAGAAUCAUCCGAACGUUAGGUUAUGGUCUCGGAAUAAUGCCGUAGUGAGUUCUUGGUUGAUGCAUUCCGUUUCAAAGACGAUUGCGCCAAGUCUGCUUCAUAUCUCGACUGUGAAAGAUAUCUGGAACAAUCUCAUACGGAGAUACAAACAGAAUCAUGUUCCAAGACGAUACAGUAUCAAACAGAAACUUCGAUCUCUAAGUCAAGGUUCAACUGAUGUCAGCACUUAUUACACGAAAUUGCUCACUCUAUGGGAAGAGUUGAAGGCUGUACGCAACAAUCCUAAAUGUUCUUGUGGCCGAUGUGCCUGUGAUCUUAAUCAGAAAUGGUAUGAACAUCAUGAGGAAGAUUUCGUCAUUGAGUUCCUCUUUGGACUUAAUGAUUCGUAUGAGAGCAUCAGAAGUCAGAUCAUUAUGUUAGAUCCUUUGCCUGAUCUGGAUAAAACAUACAAUCUGAUUAUACAGCAUGAACAACAGAGAUUGAUCAAAAUUUCAAACAUCAGUGAUUCUCAUGCUCUUCAGGCUUCAGCGAUCCCUGACAAUAUGGUAGCAGCGGUAUCUGGUGGAAAUUUUAGGCCAAGGCAGAGGCCUUUAUGCACACAUUGUGAACUUUAUGGACACGUGAUACAGAAAUGCUACAAGUUACAUGGCUAUCCACCAGGUUAUAAACAACCAGCCCCAAUUACAGUACCAAGAGCACCAACACCAAGACCAGCAUUUACACAGCAACCUAUCGGGCCAUAUACUCCUUAUCAAGCUUCAGGCCCCCGUCCUCAAUAUCCUAGGCCUGUUGUAGCAUCAGUUCAGACUGCACCAGUUUGA